GCAAAAAAAAAAGUAAAUUAAAAUUGAAACUCUUCCAUUCCAGUUCUAAAGAUCUUGAGUAAGAGAAACCAUAAGCUGAACCUCAAUGUCGCAGUUCUGGAAACCAGGGACUGAGAGGCCUCGACUUCUAGACGACGAGGAGGGUGGAGUUCUUUUCUUUGGAGCUUCCCCUUCUUCCUCUUCUGGAUUUGGGUAUUCGAAUAUCGAGAGGCAGAAGCAGAGGCUUCCGGUGUACAAGUAUCGUACGGCCAUUCUUUAUCUCGUGGAGACACAUGCCACCACCAUUAUCGUUGGCGAAACGGGUAGCGGCAAAACCACCCAGAUACCUCAGUUCCUUAAAGAAGCAGGUUGGGCUGAUGGUGGGCGUGUAAUAGCAUGCACACAGCCAAGACGGUUGGCUGUUCAGGCUGUUUCUUCGAGAGUAGCAGAAGAAAUGGGGGUGAAGCUUGGAGAGGAAGUUGGAUACACAAUAAGAUUUGAAGAUUUUACGAAAAAUGGUGUAACUAUGAUAAAGUUUCUCACAGAUGGGGUGUUACUUAGGGAAAUGAUGGAUGAUCCUCUCCUCACAAAGUAUAGUGUGAUAAUGGUGGAUGAGGCUCAUGAAAGGUCUAUUUCGACGGAUAUUCUGUUGGGUCUCUUGAAAAAGAUCCAACGUCGACGACCUGAGUUGCGUCUGGUUAUCUCCUCUGCCACAAUUGAAGCAAAGUCUAUGUCUUCAUUCUUUCAGACCAGAAAAAGGCGUCAAGAAAUGAAAGGUGAGAAUGCUGGACCAAAGUUGGAGCCUACAAUCCUAUCAGUGGAGGGUAGAGGCUUUACUGUACAAAUCCAAUAUGUCGAGGAGCCUGUUUCCAAUUACAUUCAGGCUGCUGUUUCAACAAUAUUGUUGAUUAAUGAUCAGGAACCAAUGGGAGAUAUUCUGGUGUUUCUUACUGGUCAAGAUGAUAUUGAUGGCGCUGUGCAUUUUCUUAAUGAAGAAAUUCAAAACCGUAGCAAAAGCUCUUCAGGAUUGCUCAUUUUACCUCUAUACUCUGGUCUUCCACGAGCUGAGCUGGAGCUUGUAUUUGCUCCCACUCCUAGAGGGAAGAGAAAAGUAGUGAUAUCAACUAAUAUUGCAGAGACAUCUAUAACCUUGGAGGGAAUUGUUUAUGUUAUUGAUAGUGGGUUCUCAAAGCAGCGGUUCUACAAUCCUAUAUCAGAUAUUGAAAAUCUGGUAGUGGCACCAAUAUCCAAGGCUUCUGCUAGGCAAAGGGCUGGUAGGGCUGGAAGAGUUCGUCCAGGAAAAUGUUACAGGCUAUAUACGGAAGAGUAUUUUUUCAAGGAGAUGCCUACCGAGGGGAUACCAGAGAUUCAAAGAUCUAAUCUUGUUUCCUGCGUUAUUCAGUUAAAAUCCUUGGGAAUAGAUAACAUCUUGGGCUUUGAUUGGCCAGCAUCUCCAUCACCUGAAGCUAUGGUUCGUGCCCUUGAAGUACUUUAUUCACUUGGAGUCCUGGAUGAUGACGCCAAACUUACUUCGCCAGAUGGAUUUCAAGUAGCAGAGAUUCCUUUAGAUCCAAUGAUUGCAAAAAUGAUUUUAUCUUCAAGUCAACUUGGGUGUUCAGAGGAGAUAUUAACUAUUGCUGCCGUACUUUCCAUUCAAUCUAUCUGGGUUUCUAGUAGAGGAGUACAAAAGGAGAUGGAUGAGGUGAAGUUGAGAUUUGCUACUGCUGAGGGUGACCAUGUGACCUUCUUGAAUGUGUACAAAGGGUUUUUGCAGUCUGGUAAAUCUUCACAGUGGUGCUAUAAGAACUUUGUUAACUAUCAUGCGAUGAAAAAAGUACUUGAAGUCAGAGAACAACUCAGAAGAACAGCACAGAGAAUAGGUCUGGUCUUAAAAUCCUGUGAAGGAGAUAUGCUGGUCUUAAGAAAGGCGAUUACUGCCGGGUUUUUUGCCAAUGCGUGUAACUUAGAGGCAUACAGUCACAACGGAAAAUAUAAGACAAUCAGAGGUUCUCAAGAAGUUUACAUUCACCCCUCAUCUGUGCUGUUCAGAGUUAAUCCCAAAUGGGUAAUAUAUCAUUCACUCGUCUCGACCGACAAACAAUACAUGCGAAAUGUAAUCUCCAUAGAUCCCUCUUGGCUAAGAGAAGCUGCCCCACAUUUUUACCAGCACCAGCGGCCGUCUUCAAUGCCUCACUAAUCGACAUUCGCGGGGAUUUGAAUCCAGAGACUGCUGCUGCUGAUGCUGCAAAUUAAGAGUACAUUUUCCUUACUAACUAGUUUCUAAUGUGGGUUCUUCUCAAGUACUAUAAUUUCAACAGUUUUGAAGUGAUGAGUACUAUAAUUUUAAGACUAUUUGUUAGUGAGUAGAUAGAUUUGCUUAGGAAAAAAAACCAUUUUUUUUUUAUGAUAGAAUGGAGUAUGCUUAUGUUGAUAUAGAUUGACAUAUAAUACUCUAACAAACCAAAUUUGUUUGUAUCUUUCCAACUUGUUAUGUUCUUUGAGCAAGUGGCUUUAUUGGGUUAGUUUAGCUAAACUAAAUAUAAAACUCUGGUCUACUGUGUUCAACACAGAUCAGAUUUGGUUUGGUGUGGGAAAAUUGGCUUGAUGUGACUGACUUUUUCA